AUGAUAAUUUUAUUUUAAUUGAUUCCAAUAUUCUUUUGUUUUCAUUACAAGGGUAUUCUAAAUAGGGAUCUUAAUCAUAUCAAAAAUGAAUUAAUAAAUGGUUCAUUACCUGAAGGCAGAUUAUCAAUUAAAGAUGUAUAAAAUUUAUUCAAUGACCUUGAAAACAUUACUAAUAUUGUUCACUCUUAAUAAAUAGGAGAAUCUUAUCUUAAUAAAACAAUAUAUUCUUAUUCAUUAUGCUCUGAUUUUACUAAAGAUAAACCAAUGAUGCUUAUAACUAGUUUACAUCAUUCUAGAGAAGUAGCUAGUUUGUAAAUGAAUAUAUAUUUAUUUCUCUAUAUUUUAUGGGAAGUGCAACUUUAAAAGAAUCCAUAUUAUAUUAAUAUGAUUACUCAUAACUGUAUUAUGUAUAUAUUUUGUAUUAAAUAUAGGAUUGUCCCAUUUGUUAAUAUUGAUGGAUACGCUGAAAUUGAAUCUGAAUUAAAUAAUCAUAAUUUUUAGCCAAAAACACGAAAAAAUCUAAAUCGAACUAUUGCUUGUAAUCAAUAAGAUGAAUUAGCAGGAAUUGAUUUAAAUAGAAACUAUGGAUAUCAUUUUGGUUAUGAUAAUAUAGGUAGUUCUAAUGAUCCAUGUGAUGAAACCUAUAGAGGAAGUGCUGCAUUUUCUGAAAAGGAAACUUAAGCUAUCAAAUAUGUUGUUGAAAACUAUAAUAUAAAAAUGGCUAUGAAUUUACAUUGUUUUGGAAAUUUAUGGGUUUUACCUUACAGUUAUGAUAAUGAAGAUCUUGAUAAAGAUGGAGUUCCAUAUCUUAUAUAUGAAGAUUUUAAGUAAAAUGGUUAAUUUUAAGGUCAUUAUAAAAUUGGCCAUGCUAUAGAAUUAGUCUAAUAUACUGCAAAUGGAGAAGCAGCUGAUUGGAUGCUUUCCAAAGGUAUAUAUUAUUAAUUAUUUAGGCGUUAUUGCUAUAAGUCCAGAAUUAGGAGAAUAAACUUAUUCUAAUUUUUUUUCUAAUUUUUUUCCAGAUCAAGAAAAAACACUUAAAUUAUUUAAAACUGAAUUUCCACCUUUAAUUCAUUUUAUUAAUUACUUACCUUUUCAACCACUGAUCAAAAACUUAUAUUAAUACAAUUUAGAAGAUGUUGAAAAAUUAAAUAUUUUAUUAUCUACUAAUUAAUACCUUGUUGAUAUUGAAUGCAUAAAUAAUGGUGUAUCAAAUGGAUCUGAUUAUUAUUUUAUUGUUUCUGAUGCUGUCUAACUUAUUGAAGCAUAUUAUAUUGAUAUUAAAUAUGAUCAAAAAUAUAAUAGAGAUAAUAUUGAGUUUAGUAAAUUAAAUAAAAUAGAUUAUAAAAACAACACUUUCUCAACCUUUUAGUUUUUACCAAGAAGUUAAAUAAUUUAUUUUUUAAUUUUUUAGGAAAUUCAAAUAGGAAGUGAAGUAAAAUUUUAUUUUGAUAUUAAUGGAGAAAAUCAUGAAAAUAGUAAUAAAAAUAUAAUAAAUUUUAGCAUUUACAUUAAAAGAUAUUAAUUAAGAGUAGAAAUAACUAAAAAAUGAAUAAUAUCAGAAACUUUAUAAUUUAUUGUAUUUAGGUCUUUUAAUAAUAUUAAUAAUCACAAUAGGAAUUCUACUCUAGAUAACCUUUAAGAAAUAAAAUACUAAGAUACAAUAAAAUAUCACAGAAUUAAUUGAAUAAAAACCUGAACAAAUUGAAUUAAAUGUAUAAAUAUGA